AUUCGCGACCUGCUUGACUUGUCUUUGGUCUAGAUGCAUGAUUGUCACUGUCAGUGUAGCUAGUCAUAGCACUUUAUAGCGCGAUAGCGGGAACAUGAAAAUGUCGACGGGCUAGUCUCCCGUGGUUUUGUCUUGACUGUGUACAUCAAGACCGUCAAGCUUCUGCUAAUAUCACCAUCAAUUAAUUGUUGAUGUUUAGACAAAAUACAAUGUAAGCUAUCGCAUAGAUAUUCACGAUUUACUCACGUGUAUUAUGACUUUUCUUCUUCUUUCGUUCCUUUUUCGUGGGAAAUUUACUAUCAAAACAUCUUCAUUCAGGCACCUGUCGCAGAAAAAUUCUGCCCGUCGCGUCACGAAACUAGGGCUCAUUGACCAAUCAUCAUCGGCCAAUUUGACGUCAUUCACAUGGCGAAGCUUGGUGUUUCUAGGGAUACGUGAAUCUGAAGAGCUCUUUAAAGUGGCGAGUUAAUUUGGAUUUUCUGAUAAUUGUACCAUAAAAUGUAGGUUUUUAGUAUUACUUGAUGAUCAUUGAUGUAUUUUGAACGGAUUUCCUGAAGCUUUUGUCAAUUUACAAUAGGUGAAAAAUGAGAUACAUCAGACAUCAAAAGAACCCUCAUAAAUAACUCUCAAGGAUUUGAACUGAUAUUUAUCAGCAAACUUUACAUCACUUCCAAAUAUGCCAAAAUUUUUCCAGAAAGCACACCGGGCUGCAAGAUGGAGGAUUCUAGAUCCAUUCUCCAUCUUCCUCCUCUUCUUGGUUUCCUUUGAUGCGGUGAAGGCAGCCGUCCUGGAGACAGUGCAUACUCCAUCAUCACCAAUACCAUCCAUGUCUCUCAGCUUAGAGGCACCGACUGGAGUGGACAAACCAGGACAGGAAUCCGUGCUUCUCACGGACCAAGUGCUUGUUGCGGUUACUCUUGGAUUUGCCAGCAACAUCACCAUCUACAACACAAGUGUGUUUGUUGCAAUUCCAUGGGAAUUUAGUCUGACUGGGAAUGUGUCAGUAGCUUUAGGAGAUAAUGUUACAUCCAGCAUAUUCAACAAUUCUGUGAGUGAGGUGCAAACAUUAACUAUUGAUCUGGGAACCCUUCAGAACUCAAACACCUCAUCUAAUCUAACGGAAGACGGUGAAAUCAGGAUUUCAUUUUCUGCUUUUCUCUUUGUAAAAAGAGACAACAUUGGGGAUGUGUUCUUCUUCUCAGCUUCAGUAGAGUUUACAGAGAGUGUGAACGAGACUUCGCAAGUGGUUACCAAUGAUAUCACCUAUGCUGGGCCUGGGAUAAGGACUCAAUUUCAGAAUUCUGGUUUUUCGGUUGACGACAGUGAUUUUGUUCCUGACCGAGAAACUGUGAUUGAUGUUUUUCUGGACUUUCCUCCAUACAACUUAUCAGAUGUAUCAUUCCUUUUAGGAGUUUCCAGCUCAGAUGUGCCUAGUUUGGAUGUAGAUUCCACAGGAAUGUCCCUGAUUCCCAGUUCCAAUUUCAUUACCUAUGACCAGCCUUCUAUUCCUAGCUUCUCUUGUGUCAGUAAUAGCUGCUCAUUAUCUGCACUUGACUUUGGUUCUGUGUAUGCUGUAAAUGGAACACUUCAUCUCCAGAUUUCUUUCAUUGUGAGUGAUGACACAUUAAAUGUUGGAGACAAUGUCAUUUUACAAGAAAGCAUAACACUGAAUGGAGGCUUUGCUCAUGUCGAUAGCCUUACCUUAAACACAGUCAAACCAGAUCUUACGAUGGUAGCAGAUGCAGUAUCGGUAUCACUUACUGAGGUAAUUGAUGGUUACACCUACCAAUACAUGCGUUUUACUACCACUGUCUCUCAUACUCCAAACUCAACCGGUCCUGCGUCACAGGUCUCAUUCUAUAACACUGUAUCAGGACUCUCCGUCGAUCUUGAUACCAUCACACCAGACCCUUUCUCAUCAGCUAUCAGACCAGUUAUAUCUAAUUCAAGAUACACUCUUGAUCCUGGAGUUUUGGAAGUUGGAGAGACAGCUGUGUUAUCAUACACUGCUCGGCUAACCCAGAGUUCAGUAGAUGAAAAUAUUGAGACAGACAUUCAGCUGAAUUCACAACUGACCUGGUCGUCGCUCCCAGCAGAUGAGGAAACUAAUUCACAUCCUGGAGUAAGCUACGGACCUGUCAGCGAUACCAUCUGCAUCACGCAAACCGUCACCUACGAAGAGAGUCUCCUUUACAACCAUGGACUCCCAGCCCUUUUCUUCUUCGUUGCUCUCAUCCUAGCUCUCGUUAUUGUCAUCCUCGCCUGCUUCAUCUACGCUAAGAUGUCUGCUGGGGGUAUCUAUGCGAUCGUUCAGCCCGAGGGGACUAUUUCUAAAAAUGAACAUGGUCUUAUCAUUAAUCCUAGGGUUGGGAAGACGGGUGUCGAUAUGGUGGAGGAAUACAGUUCUGUCACUGCCAAUGAGAGCAUUGUUGUGGUCUUGAUGCAGAAGGACAAGACAAGGAAAAUACUUGAAUUUGAAAAUUUGGACAUUAUGAGCACUAUUACAACAGACAUGAGACUGGAGGAGCAGCGGAUCUCCACUAUGAUUGAGAUGUUUAUCAUGCUUCUUGGCUCCUGGUCUCUCAGGGAUCUCCUUCCAAGGAGCCUCUCUGAGAAGCUCUCCAAGAAAUACCAACGGUCUGCCAAGGAUGCUAUCAAGAAACUUGAUGAUGAGUAUCGGCAUGAGAGUAGAGAGCUCAUUAAACACCUCAGCAAUGAAAACAAGGGGAAGCUGAUUAUGCUGAAGAAGAAACAUGAUGCCGAACUGCGAUUAAAAGCUGCUCAGGCCAGGAGUUUGUCCAAAGAGGAUCUUAAAGAAGUAUUGGCUUUACUAAAGAAACAGCAGGCUGCAGAAGCAACCAGCAUGACACAACUACUCAGACUAAAACAAGAUGAAGAACAAGAAAAGCUUCGCAAGGAGUAUGCGACCAAGAAGAGGAUAGCAAUGAAAGCUGUUCAGCAAGAAUACAUGGAUAAGGCAAUCCUUCAAGGGAAAUUAGAUGAGGAUGAAGCCAGAAGACUGCUGUCCGAACACCAACAAGAUAUGUCUACUGUAGAGAGAUUGAUGGACGAGGAGAUGUCCAAACAGAGGAUGAGUUUGGAAGAGAAACUAGGAAGGAGGAAACUGCUCGCCAAGGCAACGGAAUCACAAGAGGAGCACCAUAGCGCCCUCUUGAACACCAUGGCCUCUCAGACGAUGACAGCAGUCAAUGAACUAGAACAGAGUGAACAACUCAGUCAGGAAGCAGCUAGAGCUUACAUGGAUAAACUCAUGAAAGAAGUCAAAGGCAUCAAAGACAAUUACGAAAAGGAGAGGAGGAGGCAAGAGGAAGUCCUUCAUAAGAGACUUAGUGAAAAGAAGAAGAAAAGAAUGCAAGAGAAGGAAAGAGAUCAAAAACAGGAAUUGGCUGAAUUUGAGAAAAAGAAAGCAAAUGUAGGAAAUGGAGAACUUGAUCCUGCUGAAUAUUUUGAGUCAAAGAGCAGUGUCCUUGCUGGUCAUCGAUCUGAGCUGGCCGAGAUCGAGAGGGAGAUCGAUGAAGAAGCCAGAGAAGAGCUUGAGAAGCUGAGAGAUGAAAUGUCUGGAAAGGUCAAAGGUCAAAUCACUAAUGUCAGACAGAAGGUUCACAUUGACCUUCAAAACAAAGGUUUGACAGAAAGACAGGCAGCUCAGAUUAUUGAACAGCAUGAAAGAGAUGUAAUGGAGAUGCAAGAACAGAGAGAAGAACAAAAACAAAAACAAGAAAAAGCUAUUAAGAAGAGACUGGCUAAACAGCGCAAGGAGCUUGCCUUGAGAAAGCAGGAAGAGAGAGAAGAGAGAGAACAAAUUAGGGAACAUGAGGAGAAAAUGGUUGGGCGACUAUUAGCAUCUCAGGUAGCCAUGUCGGAGGAAGAAAGGCGUCGCAUUCUAGCAGAGCAUGAACAGCACCUGGUUGCUAUGGAGAAUAGUCUAGCUCUCACCAAAUUGAGACAGCGUCGUUUAUUGGAGGAGAAGAUGGCUGGAAGGAAGAAUAGACAAAUGGAGAGACUUGCAAGGAAGCAAGAACAAGAAGCUAAGCGCAAGCUCAAAGAUCGGAAGCUUCAUGAAAGUGAUGACGAGGAUGAUGAUGCUAAUAAUAGCGGUCUGAAGGAUUUGAUGCAGAAACACACUAAAGAACGCAUGGCUAUGAUGGCUGACGAAGACGAGGAUAGAGACAAGCUGGAAGAAGAACUUGAAGCUGUGAGAUCUGAGAUGUUGAAUGAGAGAGCCAACGCCUUAAAGGAACAAGAGGAUAGACUGGGAGCAGUCAUGGCUCAGUUACAGAUGCAGAAAGCAAGGGAGCUUGCUACCAUUGAAGAACAACACAAGGCCCUUUUACAACUCAAGAUGAACAUGCUAGAUGAGCUGACAGAGAAAGGCAUCAUGAAGAAUGCUCAGUGCAAGAAAGUCAUUGAGACACAUCAGAAGCAAGUAGAGGCUAUGGACCAGAAGAUGAAGAAACAGAGGGCAAAGGCGGAAGCGGUUGUCAAGAAGAAACUGAGAGAGAAGGCUAUGGAGAGGGAGAAAUCGUUAGCUUUGAAACAAGAGGAGGAGAUUCAGAGACUGUUGGAGAGAGAGAAGAAUGGGACAGCUGCAAGACUUAAGAGGGUUGCUCUCAAACACAAACAUAUGGUCGAGAUGGAAGAAUUCAGGAACAAACUUGAGGUCGAGGUGACACAAACUUUAGAAGAAAUCAGAAGACAAUCUGAGAUGACAAGAAUCAAUGAACAACAAGAACAGGAGCUAGAUUUCCUAUCAGCAUUGGUCAAGGUUGGCAACUAUGACAAGACGGAGCUGAUCAACGUCCUCCAUCUUCUUUUUCCUGCUAAGUCACAUGAUCAAGUCAAUGAGAUGCUAGCGAAACUGUAUGAGAAGGUUGAGAAAGAUGGGAACGAGACGGAUAGCUCACCGAAUAAGAGUAAUGGGGAACUUUUCCUAAAAAUUUUGCAGAAUCUCAGCCAGAAGCCUGAAGGGCGACCUGGAGUCAAAGGUCAAGGAAGCCAUCCUGGGUCAGGUGCCGAUGACUAAGCUAAAGAACGACAGCUUGACCAAUAAAGGAAAGAAGAAGAAAGCCAAGAAGUUGGCUCCUCUGCGAUCUGCAGACCAAGCUUAUGACAGCGACAACAGGUCUACCGAUCUUGGGUCCUCCAUGAGAGGAGCUGCACCCCUACCCCAGAUCUCCAGCUCCCGUCGCCCUGAACCACUAGGCCAAACAGCUGACUCAGAGGAUGAUAGAAGGAGGGGAGGGUAUGAUGAUAGGAGCGAUGGAGAGGGGACGGAGGAUGAUGAGAGGAGUUUACCCAGGAAAAGACCAUCUAUAUCAGGCAGAGGUAUGGAAGGACCAAGUAAGGGUAAAAGAGCCUCACUUGGCCAGGUGCGUGCUGCAAGACACAACAAUAUGCUGAUCUAAUUCUUAUUCUAUUAUAUAUGCUUUGUAGAUGAUAUAAUCCUGUAAUGUUCACUUAUUAUAGUGGUACAAGUUCAGUGAUCUAAUUAUAAAUGUACAAUGAUGUCAUAGUUUAAGCAGUGCUCCACCUGUUUUGGAAGGGGAUGUAGGAGCAUCCACACUUGUUUCAAUCUAAGACUCAGGGAUCCGCUAAGGGUGGAACUGGAGGAAGAGAAAGGGGAAGAGAAAUAUGAAGACAAAGAGAGCAUGGAGGAAAAAAAUUAGCAGAAGGAAAAAGAGAAAGAUGUAGAAAGGGAGAGUAGGAAAGAGAUAGGAGGAAGAAAUCAUGGGAUGAAAAGAUCUAUAUUAUGAAUAAUUCAUCUUAACUCAAUUUUAUGCCAUUGUAACUGAUUAUAAUUUUAAUGGUUUCAAUAGAAAAAAUAUGCAAAUUAGAAUCAUGUAAAGUUUAGCAAUUUAUCCAUAGUCAAUUGUGUGAAAACCUUUUGAAUUCCUAAAGACAAAGAUUUUUUUAAAUCACCAAUGACAUUGUAAGGCAUGGAGUAAUACUUCCACGACCAAAUUUACAUUUAUAACAGUCUUUCAACAUUUAUAUAUGUCAUAUAUUUUUUUCAAUGAAUGCUGACCAAACAAGAUUAUUUUGAUAUGUAUUGUUUUGUUUUUUGUAUGAAGAUCAAAUUUGUUGAAAUAAUAUAAGGUAUUAUUCAAGAUUUAUUAAAAUGGUGAUCGCAGCUUGUAAUAGCUAAAUUUACAAAUGUUUUAAAUAGAAUAUUUUUCGAAAAAGGAAAUGUUUGUUAAAAUAUAAUUUUCCUCAGGAACUUUUCUUGCUUCUUGUGAUAGAGUUCUAGAUAAACUUGCUUCAGUAGGAGACAUGCCCACAUAAACACAGAUAACUGUGAACAAAUAUGAACUGGCACAGCAGAAGAGUGAUAAUAUAACACAAACUGAUAGAGCAUAAUUUGCUCAUGAAUAACGUAAGUAUGACUUCAAAUGAGUAUGAGUGUGUAGGUUUAUCUCUCACACUGCAGUUCAUUAGAUCAAUUAUUGUUUUAAGAAUUUGAAAAAGAGUGCAGGGUUUUCUUUUUUCAUCGACCUAGAACCAUGGAAACAGAUUUAUGAAUAAGAUUUUAAUCAUGUUUAUUUGAAAAUAAAAGAAAAAUUGUUUUGUUAGGUCAUAAGAGCAAAGUGUAAGGCUGAAUUUGGACACUGGUAACAUAUUUCAGGGCGUUUUUUGGUUAAAAUGUUGAGUCAUGUCCAACAUUUCAGCAAUGGUGAUUUAUUCUAGCAUGGGAUCAAGAUUUUUAUAACACAUUUCAAUUAAAUUUUGAUAAGCAGUCUAUGUGAGAGUCAUACGACAAAAUUUUGAUGUGUCAAAAUCGGAUAAGUGUAAAGUAGGAUAUUUGUGUUUAUUUAUACUACACAAUUUGUCUAAUAUUAAAAUAUCUUAUGUCAAUGGGCAUUUUGUGAAUUCAUAGAUUAGUUUUAUUUCAUGCUGGUUAUUUCUUUUAAUGGUAAGUGUCUUGAACAAAGUUUUUUGUCAUGAACUGUAAGAUUCUGCUUUGUUUUCCUCUUACAUUUUUUUGCCAAGAUAUGGUUUGUUUUUAUACUGUACAUAUACUACAUGUAUGUAUAUAGUUAUUUAGAGACCAUAAAAUUAUUUGUCUUCAUUUCUUCAUUUUGUAUCAAAAUGUCUUUCAAAUAUCUACCUGAAAUGAUUUUAUAUUUAAUUUUGAGCAACGUAACCUUAAUGUCAAAGUUUUUUAUUUGUGCAAUGUGUGAUUUAUUUAAAUGCAUUUUCCGAAAUGAAUAGUCUUCUAUAUAUAGAUUAUCUCCAGUGUGUCAAGUGAGUAAAAUGAAUUUCACAGAAACUAUUGCUACAUUAUUCAAAUGAUUUACGGAAAGGAUAUUGUACAUCUAUGAAAGAGUCACUUUGUAUCAAUUUUGUGUGGAGCUUCUUUACAAUUAGAUGAGACAUAGUUUAAGAGUGUGCAAAAAUCGACUUGGGCUAAAUGGCGCCCAUAUGCUUCGAUCUUUGAGGCAGCAAUUGAUAGUUCUCUCUUUCUGCUAUCAAGGCUAGAUAGAAAUGGUCUACAUGUAUAUUGUACUGAUUUGAUGUCAACAUGUACAUGAGAAGCUCCAAUAAUAUUUGCAAUUAUUCCAAUGAAUUUUACAAAUUAAAGUAUAAAAUAAAUACAAUCAUAAUGCCACCAAAUGAGUUCUGCGUAUUAACAUCUCAAUGGGUCAUUUCUCUUACAGGACUCAUUGGUUUACAUCAUAGACUACAGCUUGAAAUUAUAUGGAAAAUGUAUGAUAUUGCAGAAAUUUUCAUCGUGUAAUAAUACCUUUUUUAUAUGAUUAAGUGUUGUGUAAUAAUAUCUUUGCUUUAAACAGGUAUCCACAAAACCUAUAGUCUUACACCAUACUUUCUCAAUACACAACAUAGAGGGAGUAUAAAUAACAAGAUUUCCUCUUUGGUUCUGAAAGAAUAGUAGCAUUAAAUGUACACUACUUUGGCAAUUGCGUAUUUUUUGCACAGUACACUAUUUUUUCAGGUUAGUAUGAAGAAAUACCAGCCAGAAAAACCCUUUAAUAUAUACAUGUAGCUGUGUAAUAAUCUACCCUUCAUAUUAGAAUUAUUCACACUUGUUAAGAUGUAGAUUUCUUUUUACUCAAUUGUUAUUGUAAAAAUGCAAAGUAUUCUAUUUAAUGGUAAUGUAAAUAAGGUAUAUUUUCACAUUUACUUUCUGAAUCCAAUUUCUUUCAGAUUCUAUUUGUCUUUCAAAUGUUUUGUAUGUGCAAUUCAGGUUUUGAAUUGUGCUUUUCUAUGAAUAAAUUUUAUGUGAUUUCUAA